UAUUGCAACCGGCGUUAGAAGGUGGAUUUUUAAAAUCGUCCGUAAAAAAUCGAAUAUUUAAUAAAACGUAACGAAUUUUUGAAUUAAAACCUGGGCAAAAUCUUACGUUCAUUGUGUUUUAAUGUGAAUUGAUGAAGUGCAUUUGACUUGGGCAUUAAUUUUACAUUUCGAGGCGUGAAAAAUAUAAUUUUGGCGGUAGUUUUCAUCACAGUUAGUCCACACUUUAAGCGGUUCCGAACCAACCAUGAAUGAACUCGGAGACAGCCAUCCCGGUCCAUCACCAUUGGAUCAAUUAGUAGCACCACAAGUACAAACAGAUCUGUUGCCUAUUACUAUUAUUGCACCACCCACAACACCCGACAAGUCAUCGCAUUUGGACAUUGCACGCACGCCCGGUUCCGUACCCAUCGAUUCGGAGGAGCUCAGUCACGAUCUGGUCAAUCAGGGAUGGCGUAAAUACUGGUCGAAAACCGAAAAUCAACCGUAUUUCUGGAACAAAGUCAGUGGUGAAUCUCUGUGGGAGAUGCCAUCAUCGAAUCGCUUCGAUCUGUCGACAGAUCCGCAGAACAAUGAAGACGUGAAUUUUAAAAUUCGAUCUGAAAUAAAUGUGCUGAAAGAGGGAAAUUUAAAAUUAAAAUCCGAAAACAUCGAAAUCAAGGCCGAGAAUGGGACAAUGCAAACGAAAAUCGAUAAUUUGGAGGCCGAAAACAUCGAAAUCAAAACGAAAAUCGAUAAUUUGGAGGCCGAAAACAUCGAAAUCAAAACGAAAAUCGAUAAUUUGGAGGCCGAAAACAUCGAAAUCAAAACGAAAAUCGAUAAUUUGGAGGCCGAAAACAUCGAAAUCAAAACGAAAAUCGAUAAUUUGGAAGCCAAAGUCGAUGAAUUGACGAGAUCGUUUAAGUUUAUGGUUACAAAAUACAAUGAACUCGAACAGAGGUUCCUGUUUCGGAGAAACCAAGCACAAGCACGACUGACUGUAUCAGAGGAAGUCAGCCUAACUGAAAUGGAAUCACUGGAAGAUUCCUUUGCAAAGCUGCCAGUUGAUUUCCUUGCAGCAGCUAUGUGGACGUCCACAGCGAUGAAACUCCCAAAUCUAAGUGGUCCCAAGGCAGCAGAUCUGUUACGUGAAAACAUUAAUAAAUUUUCAAAAUUCAUUCGAUCGAUAGCUUCCAAACAAAAUUUUGUAGACGCAGUGAGGAACACCGGAAAAGAGCGCGGAUUUUCGAAGGGAAUUAUCAAAAAAAUGGAAAAGGAAGCGCAAAGUGUUAAAAUUCAAGACAAUCAGUGA